CAAUCGCCUACUUGAAUAGAAUAGUCUGUCAGAGGCUUCUGUCCAUCUAGAUCAUUCGUGGGCGUGUGGAAGGUUGACAUGUCCCGCCCCUUGGCCGGUCUGCAGACUUGCACAGAAGCGAGACAGUCACUGUGUGUUCAAUAAAAAUGCACUCAGAUGCAGCAGAUUUUCAGCUGAACUCCCAUUUGUCAACGCUGGCCAGUAUACACAAGAUUUACCACACCCUCAACAGGCUGAACCUGACUGAGGACGUAAGCCCAGACACUCACACCGCAGCCUGCUGUUCUAGAGCCAUGCCUCCCAGGAAAAAGAGGCGACCCACUGCUGGCGAUGACCUGUUCGUCAAAAAGAGUAGGCACGACAGCAUGUACCGGAAACAGGAGGCCUCCAGGAUUAAGAGUGAAGAUGUGUUCUCCAGUAAGAGGUGCCUGGAGUGGUUCUACGAGUAUGCAGGUUGUGAAGAUGUUGUUGGACCGGAGGGCAUGGAGAAGUUCUGUGAGGACAUUGGAGUAGAGCCUGAGAAUGUGGUCAUGCUGGUUCUGGCCUGGAAGCUGGAUGCCCAGAGCAUGGGCUACUUCACGCUGCAGGAGUGGCUGAAAGGCAUGAGUGACCUGCAGUGUGAUUCCACAGAGAAGCUGAGAAACACUCUGGAUUACCUGCGGUCCGUACUUAAUGAGUCCACAAGUUUCAAGCUCAUUUACAGAUAUGCCUUUGACUUUGCAAGGGAAAAAGACCAAAGGAGUCUAGAUCUGAACACAGCCAAAUGCAUGCUGGGAUUGCUGCUUGGAAAGACGUGGCCUCUCUUCCCUGUCUUCAACCACUUUCUGGAGCAGUCCAAAUAUAAAGUGAUGAACAAAGACCAGUGGUGCAACGUGCUGGAGUUUAGCAGGACUAUCAACCUGGACCUGAGCAACUACGACGAGGAUGGAGCAUGGCCUGUGCUGCUGGAUGAGUUCGUGGAGUGGUACAAAGACCGGCAGAUGUCGUAGCGGCGAGGGGAAUCCCCUCGGCGGAGAAACCGAACCAGCGGAAAAGACGGUGACAGCCCUGCGAAACUAGAAUCUCAGACGCCAGCGAGCUUGGACUGAGAUGGCUUCUUGGGGUCCGUUAUUGUAUGGAAUAGGAUGCAUGCCAUUACUGGGGGGGAGGUGGGGAGUGAGCAGGGGCUCUAUGUGCGGGGGGGGCCCUCUACAUCCUUUGACCCCUCCACCCCAACAUCCCUGCUGUACACAUCUACCUUUCUGUGGUGCAUUGUGGGUAAGCACAUUAUAAGCCCCAUUCCGUGAGCUACGUAUUGCUUUUCGCUUUUUUUGUGUAUAUGUGUGUUUUUUUUUUUUUUGUUUUUUUUUUUUUGCUUUGUUGACAGACAUGCUCUGUUACAGGGUGGGUUUCUGUUAUUCUGUUAUUAGUUUGCUUUGACUGAGCAGAGGAGGACCAUCUUUGAUUUAUCUGUUACUCUCUGGUUUUACUCUUCAAAACGAAGCAGCCAAGGUUAAAAAAAGGAAAGAAAAAAGAUAUUUUACGUGCCUGGGUUCUUAAUUCUUUUAUACGGUAUUUACAAAAUUUAUUUCACACAUGAUUUUUCUGCCUAAUAUUGUCUCACUGAGAAAGGACUAAUGUGUAUGGGUGAUUAUUUUAUGUGAUUAGAGGUCUGUUGUUAUGUGACUCGCUCAUGGCCAGUUGAGCACAGUAAGUCACACCAUCUGGUUUUCACUCUCUGAGAAACCUUUGUCACUCUCAACUAUUACCAAAGCACUUAGGGAUUACAGACUGGGCCACACCAUGUGGGACAACAUUUUGGACUGUGGGGGUCUGAAGUGUUAUAGAUGGUGUUUGAGCCAGUUGGGUUGCCUUCAACACCACAGACAAAUGUGGCCACAGAGCCAACCUCCAUAGAUGUUCCUACCUGCAGACCACCACCACAACAUUAGCCCCCACAGGCUACCUCCUUGGCCCCCACCCAGACUGAUACUAAGCAUCUACUUGACCCUUAGUCUGCAAGAAGAUUGCUGUGAUAGGAGAAGCACCAGUAGGUUGUGUUGGGUUUUAAGGUUGCAUGCAGAAUUCUAGAAUGUUCAUGCACAUUUUGUUUAUAGACACAUUCAUGGUUAAUCCUUGAAUUGUGUAAUAGAAUUAACUUGCUCUCGAUUCAAUGUAAUCCUGAGUUGGGCAAUUUUGAUGCCUCAUGACACUAUGUAAGACAUACAUACUGGGUAUUAUGGGACCACUAUGGGUCUUGAGCACAGCUGUCGUCCAUAAUUGGGAAACCAUUGGUGGAUGAGGGGUUAUAGAGCUGAAGGGUACAGUCUGUAUGAGUCUAACUCAUCCAGUUUCUAACUCUCAGCCUGCUCCUCUCCACGUGCGUGUGAAAUAUGUGAGGUGUCCAAUACAGCAAAGUGAUUAGAGAUGAUCAUUCAUGUUCAGAAAAACAAUAUGCCAAAAACAACCAGUGAGAAACAGCUGAUAAUGUGUCUACAUGGUGGUAUUCUGCCCUGAUGCAGGAAUUCCUGUUUGUAUAUAUGCUGGUUUUCUUCUAAGCACCCUUGUGGUCUGGCCAUUACAAAAUCCUGCUCUAAAUGUUGGGCUCAUUAAGUUAAUUAGACGCAGACCCGUGUAUCUAUUAGUUUAUUUGUGUACCUCAAUCGAUAUGGCAAAUUUGUUUUAAGAUCCAUUAAGAUGAAUCAGUUUACUUACUAUCCCCUGAACAAUGAAGUCACCAAAGUCAUUUCGGCACUGGAUUAUUGCUUUAAUAGCAAUAGGGUGCUGUUGUGUAAUUACAUAAUCAAGAGCUCAGCUGAGUGCUGUGGUGCUAAUGCUGAGUGGUCACUGUCACCAUCCAGUGUUCACUUUGAGCAUUGGCACUAAAGGCAGUAGCUCGUAGGCCUGGUACUGAAGUCCCAGGACCAGAGUUUGACCUAACAGUUAACCUUAGGAGUACUUCUGGGUUUGAUGGAGAUAAAAAUCAAGGACAGAAGUUGCCUAACCACAGCUUAGGUUAUGACCAUGAUAAGCAGGGCUGUAGCCAGAAAUACAUUUCGGAUGGUUCCAGUCGAUUUUGCCAACUGUGGGGGUUCUCUCUUAAUAGAUUGUUCUAGGGAGGAGCAAAUGUUGGGAGUGGCUCAAACCAGUAAUUGUACUACCUGGCUACAUGACUGGUGAUCAGUAUGGUGCUUUGUAGGGGCAAGCAAACAGCUUCUUUACACUGGAUAGUGCCUGGGAAUCCCCCUAUCACUAUUCCACUCAGCAUGCAUUGAGCCACAUUUUAACCUAUGGAGUCUGUGAUUAUACCAGAAUUUGCCUCUAAAAGAAUUCUUCAACUUGCAACUUUAGUUUUGUUCAGACUUUCGCAUAGAGCUGAGCUGGAAAAAGAAAUGUUUUUUUUUUUUUUUUUUUUUUUAAAUAUUGUCCGGUAACAUAACAAGCUUUAUUUGAUAACCUCUGUUACGCUGUCUUAACACUUUAAAACAGAAUGUUGUAAUAUACUCAUCGCUGAACUGAAGCCGUCACAUCUCUUGAUAAAGAAUGGUUUGCUCCUGGACUAAGGGUGGGGAACGGUUAUACAAUAAUAAAAAAAAAAAGCCUUUGAUCGAAUGUUACAGAUUCCAGUCCCAGAAUCAACUGUUCAGUUGUUAUAGCAUUAGGUGCAAGUGCUGAUGGGAAAUGUAGUUUGGGGCAACUGUGAAAAAUACCAGUACCUUAUGCCUCCUCUCUCAGCAGCACGACUUGUGCCAAUCAGGUCUACCUGUCCCCUGAGUCCCAGUUGGGGUAUGGGAGGGGCGUGUCUUUGGCUCGCUACCGUGCCAAGCCUUGGGGAGGGGGCGGGGGGGGGAGGUCGUACCCACGUCUCCUCAAACUUGUCUUAGUGCAUCGGUGAUUUAUGCUUAGCCUUGGUGGUGUUCAUGUUUCGAUUGUGUAUACGUGUUGAUGUACGUGUGUCUCUGCUUUUCUCUGUAAUUAACCUCCAUAUAAAAUCUUUAUCAGCU